AUGCGUCUCUCCUCCGCACUCCUCGGCGCCGUCGCCGCGCUCGCCCCCGCCGUUCAUGCGGUGGGAAACGCCAUCGUAUUCAACAACUGCCCCUUCGACGUCUUCCUGAACUCUGUUGGUAGCUCAAUUGGACCGGAGCAGCACCUGGCUGCUCACGGCGGCCGCUACAGCGAGCAAUUCCAUCGCGACCCAGUCAGCGGCGGCAUUGCUCUUAAGAUCACCCGCGAGUCGGGUGGCUUGGUGAACGGCGCGGCACAAACCAUCUACGCCUAUAACCUCAACGACGGCCGGAUCUGGUACGAUCUGUCGAACGUGUUUGGCAAUCCAUUCGAACCCAAUGCUCUGAAUCUUUGGGCGUCAGACGCCAGGUGCCCAACUGUCUUCUGGCAAAAUGGUGUCCCGCCAGGGGGAAGCCAGACGAGAAACUGCCAGCCGAACUCCGAUGUGACGCUGACGCUGUGUGCGUAA